UCCGCCACAGAAGUCAGAUGCGCACAGCUCCAACUUCCUCCUGCGCGUCCAGUGCGCUGCGCUCUGCCGCUCCGGCCACAUCUUCGACCUCAGCCACGAGACAAGAGCGAGCAGCGACUGUGAAGGAGAUGGGAGCUACUUAAAAAAGAAAAGAAAAGAAAGAAAGCUAUGAGGAAUAUUCUUGCCGCAGUCAGCCGAACCUAGAACAUCGUAUUUACAAGCACAGGAACAGGAGUCGAGGUGGUCGAUUGGCGAGCGAGGGAACCAUGGGCUGUGUGGGCUCUAAGACGGAUCAGGAGCCUCACAGCAAAGACUCGGGUAAUGAUGAGCGGCAGAACCGCGCACAGACGGCCCACUAUGUCAAAGACCCCACCACAGGAAACUCAAGCAAAGCUCCUUACACCUCCAUGUCACUGUCUAUCUCUCCGCAGAGCAAAAUGCAAUCCAACUCAUAUGGAGAAAGUAUUGCCAUGGCACUGUACGACUACGAGGCUAUUCACGAAGGAGACCUCGGCUUCAAGAAGGGAGAAAAGCUCAGGAUCUUAGAGGAAAUGGGGGAGUGGUGGAGAGCUAUGUCAAUCGGUACAGGUCAGGAAGGCUACAUCCCCAGUAACUAUGUAGCCAAAGAUACUCUGGAGGUAGAGGAGUGGUUCUUUAAGGGCGUGAGCAGGAAAGAUGCUGAGAGACAGCUGCUGGCCACCGGGAACAAAAUAGGAUCCUUUAUGAUCCGAGACAGUGAGACCACCAAGGGCAGCUACUCUCUGUCUGUCAGGGACAGCGAUGUCCAGACCGCUGACACGGUUAAGCAUUAUAAGAUCCGAACGCUGGACAAUGGGGGAUUCUACAUCUCUCCCCGCAUCACCUUCAGCAAUCUGCAUGAGCUGGUCAGCCAUUACAAGAAGCUGGGAGAUGGCCUCUGCCAAACCCUGACCAACCCGUGCCUGAGCCCCAAACCAGAGAAGCCAUGGGAGAAAGACGCCUGGGAAAUCCCCAGGUCAUCUCUCAAACUGGAUAAGAAGCUUGGCGCAGGCCAGUUUGGAGAAGUCUGGAUGGCUACAUACAAUAAGCAUACCAAGGUUGCAGUGAAGACCAUGAAACCUGGCAGCAUGUCGGUUGAGGCCUUCAUGGCGGAGGCCAACCUAAUGAAGUCGCUUCAGCAUGAAAGAUUGGUCCGACUCCAUGCUGUGGUCACCAAGGAGGAGCCAAUCUAUAUCAUCACUGAGUACAUGGAGAAAGGUAGUUUAUUAGACUUCUUAAAGAGUGAUGAGGGGAACCGUGUCAAGCUCCCCAAGCUCAUCGACUUCUCUGCACAGACUGCAGAGGGCAUGGCCUACAUUGAGCAGAGGAACUACAUCCACAGAGACCUGAGAGCUGCCAACAUCCUGGUCAGCAAGGCUUUAGUGUGCAAGAUUGCUGACUUUGGCCUCGCUCGUAUCAUUGAAGACAACGAGUACACAGCCAGAGAAGGAGCCAAAUUCCCCAUCAAAUGGACAGCCCCUGAGGCCAUCAAUUAUGGCUCUUUCACCAUCAAAUCUGAUGUCUGGUCUUUUGGCAUCUUGCUGACUGAGAUUAUCAGCUAUGGACGCACACCAUACCCAGGGAUGACCAACCCAGAGGUGAUCCGUUCCCUGGAGACAGACUACCGAAUGCAGCGCUUGGACAGCUGUCCCGUCGAACUCUAUGAGAUCAUGCUGGAGUGUUGGAAGAAGAAGCCGGAGGACCGUCCCACCUUUGAUUACCUGCAGAGUGUCCUGGAGGAUUUCUACACAGCCACAGAGAGCCAGUACCAGCAGCAACCAUGAGAGUGAAGAUCCUCAGACAAGUUUUCUGUUACAAUAUUCUUCUGGUCGUACUUAGCAGCAAGUCCAGUUUCUAUAUGAAGCAGUGUAAUUUGGAAAGUGCUCCAAACGGCACUCUGUGGUCAAGCCCUUAUUGUAACAAGGGACAGUACAAAAAUUAUUGGGGAGGGUUUAACUUUUUAUCAAUUAGGAAGCUAGGCCUUACCUAACAUUUUUAAUUGUUUGAUUCUACCAUUAAAUUAAUUUGAACAUUUAAAGAAAUGCAACCACAGUAUAAAAAGCUUCCCCUGUUCCGCAUGCCGAUGAUGUGUCCUUGGGCAAGACACUUAACCCUAAAUUUCCUCUGGCGGGUCUUCCGGCAGACUUUGAAUGUGUAUGAAUGUGAUGAAAAGUGCAGUAAAUAGCAGCGCAGUACAGUAUGAAUGUGUGUGAAUGGGUGAAUGUGACUUGUCCUGUAAAGCGCUUUGAGUAGUCAAUAAGACUAGAAAAGUGCUAUAUAAAUACAGUACAUUUACCAUUUACCAUUUACCUCAUACUAACGUCAGUUGCACAAUUGGUUUGAUCAUAGGCUAAUAUGGCAAAAGCUACAUCAGCCAUACUGGAUGUUUAUGGUCACAAAACUAACUGUUAGUCAUUUGGCAAUCUUGUUAACCACAAGAUCGGUGCAUUAUAGAGAGAGAUGCUAUAUGCAUAUUUAUCUACAGUUUAUAAUAUAAUAAGUGACCAACAACACAAAGCUUUGAAUAACUUAUUUUCAAUUGACUUGUACUUACUCUGUUGAUUAUGUUUUACUAAAAAUGAUGUGUAUUCUGAGGGGUGGGUUGCAAAACUGGACCUGUGCAGCACUCUUGGUUUACAAGUGAAAAUAGCACAUGUGCUCGGAUAAGCCCUGCCACAAAAGGAUAGACUUAGGAUAGCGCACUUAUACAAUUUCCAUGUUAGCCUGAACAGUCGGACCGAACAAUAUUUUUCUGCCCUCACCCGCUGUAUAAUUUUUGUUCAGUCCCUAACACUCCAGCACCUAACAUUCCAGGUAUGUCUGCGAGACAUCUGCAAUAUGUAGAUGGCCAUACUAUCCAGCACAUGCUUUUGUGAAAGCAUGACUAUCUCACACAAAAUUAAUUUAACACAGUACAUAGAUACGCACGUGAUCACAGACAAACAACCGUAAGCCACCUGAAAGCAGUGACAGUGAAAACACACUGGAUUGAGCUGUUAUGCUCCAGCACACACUGUGCAUUCAUAAGGUAUAACCGCAACACAGAUUUUCACAGUGAAAUGUGUGCUGUGUCCAGCUGUGUUGAUAUCAACGAUUCAGCGAGCAAAGCUGUUAAAUGUGUGUUUAAAACUGUGAAAGGAAAGUGGGAACUCUGGACGUUACACAGAGUUCAAGACAAAUUGAUGAAAUUCCAUAGAUAUUUUUCCACUAUGCUGUGGCUUGUUUCAGCAUUACUCCUUGAUAGUGCCUUCUGCAGUGGUUGUUUCUGUCAGUCUUAACAUUUACAAUAUAUCCCAUAUGCUCUGUGUGUACACCUAUAUAAAUAAAGAAAUUUGUGUAUUUAGGAAUAAGUUCUUUAAUGUGAAGUCAUUUAUAAGUUGUAAUGCCUGUUGAUUCUUGUCACCCAUUAAAAGCUAAUGUUAUGUA